ACACCCUAACAAUAUAGCCGUCGAUCCAUAUGUUACCAUCAAUGACGAUGACGUGAAGACCCUUCUGCAACUACUUCCCGAGGCCUACCUACGACCGUUAAUUGACCCAAACACCUGGAAAGGUUUGACUGAUAUAGUCAUGGACGUGGGGCGUCGUCCUACACUAACGUACGGAUCAGAGAGAGUCUAUCUGUUCGACAGCCCAAUCGAACCCCAACCACACGCUGCCCACACCACCAACUCCCACAGACACGCGUGGAAUCAAUCCCCCGAACACAUAGUAGUCACCAAGUCACACAUCGAAGAGGUGGUAGAUAGGUUAGGUGGUAAGCAAAAGUUCGGAUCGGAUAAUAGGGCCGGUACGGAUGGGUCAUUGCACCGGAUUAGUGCGUUAAGGUCACGAUCGGGCGAGAUUUUGGGUCUCACCUGUCGCGUGGGCAAGACAAUAACGGGGGGUGCGCACUCGCUCAGUGAUGUGCUGCUGAAUGGGAACAAGAGUAUACUUGUGCUGGGAGCACCGGGUAGCGGCAAAACGGCGCUGAUCCGUGAGAUAGCCCGGAUACUCUCACAGCAGUCCAAUGUAUUGGUGGUAGACACAUCCAAUGAGAUCGCAGGAGACGGCGAUGUGCCCCACAAAUGUAUAGGCCACGCCAGACGCGUACAGGUACCUGGAGCACACAGUCAGGACAGAUUGCUGAUCGAGGUGGUCCAAAACCACACCCCACAGGUCAUAGUUAUCGACGAGAUUGGUCGGGCCAAUGAGGUCCAUGCGACCCGCACAGUCAAGCAAAGGGGUGUCAGGAUGAUUGCGAGCGCACAUGGCGACUUCCGCAAACUGCAAGCCAAUACACAACUCAGUGGCCUGUUGGGCCGUACGGCUGAUGUGAUACUGCCAAAGGGUGUACACAAGACCUGCCGCGUAGAAUCGCCUACGUUUGAUUUGGUGGUGGAGUUGAAAGCAGGUGUGUGUGUUUCAAGCAACGGCUUUGGGCGUUCGUCCGAGUAUGUAGAUAUAUAGAGGGUGUCCUAGGUAUUAUCUUUGUGCCUUUGUCGGAAAAGGGUAAAAUGUACAGAGUGACUGAAGUAACAUCUUUGUACAUUUUCCUGUGUAUAUAGGUAUGUGAAGGGGUGACUGAGGUAGCAUCGUUGUGUAUAUGCCUGUGUGUGUAGCUAAGUAAAUGGUGACUUGUAAAGCGACUUGGGUAACGUUUUGUGCAAUCUUCUGUA